CCCCCACAUCCGCAUUGCCCCGAGCUCCAUCCCGAGGGAAGGAGAGGGGAAUGGGGCCACGGGAGUGACCAAGGGCCACAGGGGCGCCGGGCGUAGAACAAGUUAAACAAACACGUGCGCAGACCAAGCAACGCCAAGUAAGAAAAGCACAUGUCGCCGCGUGGAUGCGGCCGCAGGGGAAAAGGGGUGGCGCUGACGGAGGAGGAAGGAGGACGGAGGAGGCUGGAGGCUCACAAGGAGGAAAUCUCUCCCUCGCGAUGGGCGAGAAGCGCACUCGCAACACGUGGGCCGGCCACCGGCCGGUCGCGGCUGCGCCCGGGCCCGGCGCCGAGCCCAGCCGGCCCCUGCGGGGCAGGCGCUCGCCCCAGAAUAUAAGACGCGGGCGGGACGAGGACGAGGGGCGGGGUGGCGGCGGCACUGGGCGGGCGCCCGCGGCGCGAGCGCAGGCGCACGGCGGCGAGCGCCCCGCGCGGCUCAGUGUGGCGGCGCGCGGAGGCCUCCCCCCCUCGCCCUACCCCCCUCUGCGCGUGGCCGAUCAGUACUGGAUCACCUCCUCCGCGCCCAGGCCCGACUCGUCCUCCCAGAGGUGGAACUCCACCGUGGCCCCCU